GCUAUCAUGGCCGAAGAUUACUUCGGGAAUACCGCCGAGUGGGGUGAGGAGGCAGACGGUGGCCAGCAGCAGGAAGAUGAUUCCGGAGAAGGAGAAGAUGAUGCAGAGGUGCAGCAGGAAUGCCUGCAUAAGUUUUCCACCCGGGACUAUAUCAUGGAGCCCUCCAUCUUCAACACUUUGAAGAGGUAUUUUCAGGCUGGAGGGUCUCCGGAGAACGUCAUCCAGCUCUUAUCUGAGAACUACGCUGCUGUGGCCCAGACUGUGAACCUGCUGGCUGAGUGGCUCAUUCAGACAGGUGUUGAGCCACUGCAGGUUCAGGAAACUGUGGAAAAUCACUUGAAGAGUUUAUUGAUUAAACAUUUUGACCCGUGCAAAGCAGAUUCUAUUUUUACAGAAGAAGGAGAGACCCCAGCUUGGCUUGAACAAAUGAUUGCACACACCACUUGGAGAGAUCUUUUUUACAAGCUGGCUGAAGCUCAUCCAGACUGUUUGAUGCUUAACUUUACCGUUAAGCUGAUUUCCGAUACAGGGUACCAAGGGGAGAUCACAGCUUGUCAGCAGUUGGAAGUGUUCUCUAGAGUGCUUCGAACCUCACUAGCCACAAUCUUGGACGGAGGAGAAGAAAACCUUGAAAAAAAUCUUCCCGAGUUUGCUAUGGUGUGCCACGGGGAGCACACGUGCCUGUUUUCCCAGGCCAUGAUGUCCGUGCUGGCUCAGGAGGAGCAGGGCAGCUCUGCGGUACGCAGAGUCGCACAAGAGGUGCAGCGCUUCUCCCAGGAGAAAGGCCAUGAUGCCAGUCAGAUCACACUGGCCUUGGGCACAGCUGCCUCGUAUCCCCGUGCCUGCCAGGCCCUUGGGGCUGUGCUGUCCAAAGGAGCCCUGAACCCUGCAGACAUCACAGUCCUGUUCAAGAUGCUCACAAGCAUGGACCCUCCUCCCAUUGAACUCAUCCGGGUUCCGGCCUUCCUGGACCUGUUCAUGCAGUCUCUCUUCAAACCAGGCGCCCGGAUCAACCAGGACCACAAACACAAGUACAUCCACCUCUUGGCUUAUGCAGCAAGUGUGGUUGAGGCGUGGAAGAAGAACAAGCGGGUGAACAUUAAUAAAGAUGAGCUGAAGUCAACAUCGAAAGCUGUGGAAACUGUGCACAAUUUAUGCUGUAAUGAAAACAAAGGGGCAUCUGAACUGGUGGCAGAACUGAGCACACUUUAUCAGUGCAUUAGGUUUCUGGUGGUAGCAGUGGGGGUACUGAAAUGGGUGGAUUGGACCGUGUCCUUCCAGCUGCAGACUGACCAUACUCCAGUGCACCUGGCGUUGCUGGAGGAGAUCAGCACCUGCCACCAGCUCCUGCACCCCCAGGUUCUGCAGCUGCUUGUUAAGCUCUUUGAGACUGAGCACUCCCCGCUGGCCGUAAUGGAGCUGAAGAAGACCCUGCUGGACCGGACGGUUCACCUGCUGAGUCGAGGGCUGGAUGUCAUUGCUCCUCCAUACACCUCGGACUUCGUGCAGCUCUUCCUUCCCAUCUUGGGAAAUGAUAGCAUUGCAGGCACCAUCAAAACAGAAGGCGAACAUGACCCCGUGACGGAAUUUAUUGCUCACUGCAAGUCUAACUUCAUCAUGGUGAACUGAAUCAGAACAUCCCCAGGCUGAAGUAGAACCUCCUGGAACCUGGCUG